UCAUUUUCAUUUUCGAAACCGCUCUUUUUCUUUCUCUAUCCAUUAUACAUAAACAUGACAGCACUCUCUCACUCACCCAACAACACUUCAACUCCAUCUUCUUCCAUCCAUUUGCUCUUUCACAGUCUGUUCCAAAUUUACAACACACAAGGAAGAAGAUGGAGACUCGUGCCGCCGCAAAGAGAAAGGCAAACGCCGCCAUCGUAGUGGUUGUCGAAAAACAACACCCCAAAAGACAGCGGGUUGUGUUGGGUGAACUUCCCAAUUUGCAAAACCUUAUUGUCUCCAAAAUUCAAAAUCCGCGCAAAGAAAAACUCCAAUGUCGGAAGAAUCCCAAUGCGAAUAAACCAUCACCCACAAACAACACCCUUUCUUCCCCUCAGCUCGACGGAUCUUAUGUUUCGGACAUCCACGAGUAUCUUCGUGAAAUGGAGAUGCAGAAAAAGAGAAGACCAAUGGUUAACUACAUUGAGAAAUUUCAGAAAAUAGUUACACCAACCAUGAGAGGAAUAUUGGUGGAUUGGUUAGUGGAGGUUGCUGAGGAGUACAAGCUUCUCUCGGAUACUCUUCAUCUCUCUGUUUCAUACAUCGAUAGGUUUUUAUCAGUUAAUCCAGUCACUAAAUCAAGACUUCAGUUACUGGGUGUUUCGUCCAUGCUCAUCGCUGCAAAAUAUGAGGAAACGGACCCACCAAGUGUGGACGAGUUUUGCAGCAUCACUGAUAACACGUAUGACAAGGCAGAGGUUGUGAAGAUGGAAGCUGACAUACUCAAGUCCCUAAAGUUUGAAAUGGGAAAUCCUACUGUAAGCACCUUUCUAAGGAGGUAUGCUAAUGUUGCUUCUGAUGUCCAAAAAACUCCAAAUUCGCAGAUUGAACAUUUGGGCAGCUAUAUUGGUGAGCUAAGUUUGUUGGACUACGAUUGUUUAAGAUUCUUGCCUUCUAUUGUGGCUGCCUCGGUUAUAUUUCUUGCCAAGUUCAUUAUCUGGCCUGAAGUGCAUCCUUGGACUUCUUCCUUGUGUGAAUGCUCGGGUUACAAGCCAGCUGAAUUGAAAGAAUGUGUCCUUAUCCUGCAUGACUUGUAUUUGUCAAGAAAGGCAGCGUCCUUCAAAGCUGUUCGGGAGAAAUACAAGCAUCAAAAGUUCAAAUGUGUGGCAAACCUGCCUACCCCUCCAUAUGUACCGAGUUGUUACUUUGAAGACCAGUGAUACAGUGAAUUCCUUGAUAAAUGGUCGAAUUGACCAUUGUUUGCAUGGGCAUGGGUUAGAAAUUUGAUGCAUAGGUUUGUGUCGUUGAAUUGCAAGGGCAGCAGGAUCACAUUAGAUACGAAAGUUCAAUUGCCUUUCCUGAUGAACUAUCAGGGACAAGGCCUUUAAAGAAGGAUCAAUUAACAAGAUCUUAGAAUGUACAACUGCAUAGUUAUCAUUGAGGCAUAAGGGUGUUACAGUGCUUCUUCUAGGCAGCAAACAAGGGAUCUUGAUCUUAUAGGAGACAGAAAGAUCUUGAGAUGCAGAGAAAGUUCAAAGAGUUAAAAAAGAGAUUAUUCAAAUGAUACUGUCCGAUUGUAUGGGUUGCGUUUGUUUUGAUGCAGAUUCUAAAAUAAUUUAUUAAAAGUGGGUGUUUGGGUUGGGACUCA